AUGGCUUUUGACGAUGACGAUAAUCCCAAUACCUCAGCACAACCAGCCAAAGGCACCAGUGGUGCUGCUCCAGAAGAUGUUGAUGAUGACGCGCCGGACGUUAAGCUCUUCCUAUCCAUGUUUGACAAGCACGGCGUAUCAAGCAAAGCUAUUCGUAAAGGCGAGAAAGAUUUCGAGUCACAUGGCACCCGUGCACAGGAUGGUCUUCUCGAAGCCAGUCGCACUGUCUUGGACAAUGUCCUAGGCUACACAAGGAUACAUCGCGAAGAUUCAUGGGUUCGAGGAUGGUGUUUUCCCGACUGGUGGGCCAAGGUAGAGGAAGCUGGUGAGAAGGAGGGCUUAUGGCUACGUGAUAGAGUUGUCAUGGUUGAGCAUGAGCGCGGAACAUGGCAGAAAGAUAUUGGAAGGGCGGUACCUGCAUACAAGGAGCGCUUGGGUACGGGGAAAAUCUGGCUUUUGCCUGAGGAGGCUAUUUUCCUCAUCGAGAGAGGGACCAUGGAUCUCUGGUGGCCAAAUUUACAACUGGAGGACAUCCUACCUGGCGGUGAUGGAAAACCAAAGACGGACAUGGGACUCGACGACUAUGAUGCCGGACUGCCAUUGAGUCUUGAGGCGGCAUACUCACUUUUUAUCGGAAACGAGGGUGAGAGGGGUAAAAUCACAUUACCACAAUACCAGGUUUACUCGCAUCUGAAGCGAGCAGGCUUCUACGUUCUGCGCGCACCACCCUAUGAGGCGCCAACACCUCAGUCCAAGACUCUAUGGCAGUGGCUAUUCUCUUUCUUCAGCUCAGAAUCACAACCAAAGCGAAACCCAUCUGGACCUCUUGUCCAACCAGGUCUUUACCGCGCUUAUAGACCUAUCUACGACCAACUUGCCAUUCUUCCCCGCCACAAGCCACUACCUACACCUCCCAUGGUUCAUCCUCCCCAAGAUCCUUGGCGGGUUUUCUUUCACGUAUGGAAAUCAGGUGGCCCGCCGUUCUCGAAAAAGAACCCACCACCGCCUGAUUUCCGCUUUGCGGUGGUUGACGCAAGCGACACGUACGUUCCAACGCUCGAACAAAUCGGGGCUCUUUUAGAAUCUACACCUUACGACCCGCCCAGUGAGGCUUGGAAGGGCCCCGGAGGAUGGAUGUACCGUCGAAUAAAGCACGGACACCGCAAUGUGCUGGUAGCGAUUGUGGAUCGCGGCCUCGUCAACUUUAUGAGAUUUGGAGAGGGGGCAUUUGGAGAGGAGAGGUUGUUUGAGAGAUUUGAUAAUCAAGGCAGCCAGAGAGGUGGACCAAAGACAGGUCGUGGUGGAGGCAGAGGACGCGGUCGGGGUAGAGGCCGUGGUCGAGGACGGGGAAGGUGA